UUCUUUUCCAACAAAGAAGGCAUGGCAGACAGACCCAACCGGCUUCGGCCAUUUCGUUUUUGGCUACCUUUCUGGGCCAAUCCAUCCCUAACCCCUCCGCGUCCUCCAAUCCCAACUCAGCAGCAACCCCUACCUCAAACUCCGGCAUCUACUCCACUGCCUCCAGCUGAACCUCAACACCCAUCUCAGACCCAACCAAAGUCCCCACCAGCACCAGCAACUCCACAACUUGCAAUUCAGAACUCUUCUAGAUCUCCAUCACCAGCACAAGGUGCUUCUCAGGCACCAGUAGCAAAUCAGGUGGAGUCUCAGAUCCUAUCUCAACCCCCGUCUCCUUCCUCACCACCUAAAUCACCAAUUGGAAGUACUUCACCAUCAAACCAGCCAGAGCUAUUGCCCCAUGAAUCUCCGACUUUGGUACAAACCAAAUCACCUACACAAUUGCAGCCACACGCUCUUCCUCAAACACAAGAAACGAAUCCAAUCCAAUCAGCUUCAAAGCCAACAGAUGACCAUCCUGCACGAGAUCCAGAGUCCAAACCAUACCCCUCAAUAUCUGAGAAGGAAACCAAGCAAACUCAAGAAGAAAAGCCCAGAACGAUCCCAGAACCAAAACCAGACAAGCAACCUGGCAAACUCCUCGAGUCAGAAGCACAUUCUGAACCAGCUUCCAAAGAGCAGCCUGAAACCAAAAAUCCAGAAUCAGAUAGACUUGCCGAAGGAUUUAAAGGCAAACUCGAAACAGAGCCAGAAAUAGAGCCUCAGAAACCACAAAAUGAAGCAGGCAAAAUAAUAGCGGAACUUAGAAUCUCAAAACCUGGGCAUUCUAAGGAGCAAGAUAACGUAGACAGAGAGGAGUCAGCACAAAAUGGUUCCGGCGGAAAAGAGAAUAAGAUCGCCAUCUCCACCAUGCCAUGGACUUCAUCCUCCGAUGGCGAGCGAGCUCCCUUUGAGAAGGAGAUCGAGAAGCGGCAUUCAAGACUGGUGCAGAAGGUGGGCAUUGGGGAGAGGAUGGGGAAUGGACAACCAGUGAGUAUGAUCACCUUAGCAGGUGAAAACAACGGAGCAUCCAUGGUUCUAGGUUCACACAUCCAUAUUCACAGGGGAUUCAAGCAUCCUAAGGGCGAUGUUGAGGCAAGCUAUGAUGACCCGGCAAUCACUGCCACCAUCAAUAGCAAUGCGCAAAGCAUCAACAACUCGACCUUCCAUGGUAGUUCUUGCAAUGAAAGAGACCCUGGCGUUCACCUGAAGCUAUCAAGUAAGAAGGUGGAGGCCGCGAGUCUAAGGAGACAACCAGAGCCACUUAAACCGCAGAAGACUGACGCAAGUCUAAGGAGACCACCAGAGCCAAUUAAACCACAGAAGACUGCACCUCGCAUUACUCCAGAGCAGAAACCGUCCCACGAGCCCAGGAUCAGAAGACGGUGCCUUCGAGCACUCUUUAUGGAAUCCAGCGACAGUGAUCCAGAGAACCCUCAGAAGCCACAGCGGCAUGGAUGCCGUUUUUGCUGCGAUGAGAAAAAGAAGGAAAAGGCUGAUAUCGGUGCCACUUCCACAGCUAAUGGUAAUGCAAGGGCAAGACAAGCGGAGGAAGGUACAAGUAGAGCGUGAAACCGGCAUUCACGGUUGUGCAGAACAACAUUGUCAUGGCCUGCAACUACUACAGUAGCACUUCUAUGUUUUUCUUAAAAAAUGAUGGCUAAAAUGAUCAGUUUUUAGACUGUUUAAGCAAUGUUACCUGCCCUCCAGGAUACAAUUAUGUUUGAUGACUGUAAUAAUAUGAACAUGUGUCUGUAGUUCCUAAACAUUGUAUAUAUUCUGAAUUUAAGAAAAAGCAAGUUAUGUCUGAUGUCCUUUCUGGAAUAGACCUGAUUCCACAUACU